GUCAGCUGUACAAGCUAGAAGGGCUGAAAACCAUUGCUGUGACAACCAAUGGGAUCAACUUAGCCAGAUUGCUGCCCCGACUGAAGGAAGCAGGACUGAAUGCCAUUAACAUUAGCCUGGAUACCUUGGUCCCAGCUAAAUUUGAGUUCAUUGUCCGCAGGAAAGGCUUUCACAAGGUAAUGGAAGGAAUCCACAAAGCCACUGAACUUGGCUACCGUCCUGUUAAGGUAAACUGUGUGGUGAUGCGAGGCUUCAAUGAGGAUGAACUGCUGAGCUUUGUGGAUUUCACAAAGGAUCUGCCCCUUGAUGUGCGGUUCAUAGAGUACAUGCCCUUUGAUGGCAAUAAAUGGAACUUCAGGAAGAUGGUGAGCUACAAAGAAAUGCUUGAUACAAUUAGGCAGCGAUGGCCUGAACUGGAGAAAUUGCCCUGUGAAGCUUCCAGCACAGCCAAGAGUUAUAAGGUGCCACAUUUCCAGGGACAGGUCAGCUUUAUCACCUCCAUGUCGGAGCACUUCUGCGGAUCCUGCAAUCGGCUGAGGAUAACAGCAGACGGGAACCUAAAGGUGUGCCUUUUUGGGAAUUCAGAAGUGUCCUUGAGAGAUCACCUACGGUCAGGUGCCUCAGAGGAAGAGUUGGUUCAGAUCAUUGGAGCAGCAGUGGGCAGAAAAAAGAAACAGCAUGCUGGCAUGUUUAACAUCUCCCAGAUGAAAAACCGGCCAAUGAUCCUGAUUGAGCCUGCAUUGAUGUCAUUCCCACUAUGCCAAGAGGCCCUACAGAAUCCCCCAAAUUCAAAACAGUGGGGCCACACAUUUAGCCAUUGGCUGACUUUGACAGCAAGUUUACCCAAACAAAUGGGAAAAGCAUUAAUGAAAAAUAAGCUUACAGGACAAAUUUUCCUGCCAGGAUCUCACCCAGAGCAACAGUGGCACAUAAUGACAGGAAUUCUACAAACCCAGCUCAGAGGCUGCCGUGUCUUCCAGAAGGACCCAAGCACCACGUUUGACACUAAGUGCCUUGAGGCUUUUCCCGUUGGCCAGGGUUCUGUGGACUGUCAGUCCAAAGAGGCAAGUCCAGGAUCUGAAUUCUGUGCCAGGGAUUCGGGGCCUUGCACCAAGGUACCUCGUGCCUCUGACAGCUUGACUCACACUGAUGAGGAAGGACGGGCCACGAUGGUUGAUGUUGGAGAGAAGCCAGGUUCAAGAAGAAGUGCUGCUGCUGGUGCUGUGGUCCGCCUGGGUGAGAAAGCAUUUGGGAUGGUGAGGCAGAACCAGAUGAAGAAAGGGGAUGUGCUGGCAGUAGCCCAGAUUGCAGGAAUUCAGGGAGCCAAGCUGACCAGCCAGCUGAUCCCGUUGUGUCACAACAUUCCCCUCAACCAUGUUGACGUGUCUCUGAGCCUGGAUGAGGCCAGGCAUGCAGUGGUGAUUCGCAGCUCCUGUCAGACCUGGGGGAGGACGGGAGUGGAGAUGGAAGCUCUGACAGCUGCCAGCCUGGCUGCCCUCACGGUGUACGACAUGUGCAAAGCGGUCACUCACGACAUUGUGAUCGAAGAGGUGAAGUUGCUGAGUAAGACAGGUGGGCAGAGGGGAGACUUCUCAAGGGCCUAG